ACUCCUCUCCAUUUCCCCGAAUCCAGCCAUCCCACCUGCCUCCGGAGUGCCCUUAUGGGACUUUAGGACCAGCCACUUCCCAUUUCCGGGCCUCAUUUUCCCCACCUGUACAAGGAUUAUAUGCUUCCCUCCUCCCAGGACACAUCAAACCUAAUUAGGAAGGAUUCGAUUAGCCUCGAUAAGAGCGUUAAGUCAUCGGUCAGAAGCCAAGCGAAAUGACUAAUGUUUAUUCCUCUCCCGCCAAGUCAAAACUUCCCGGGCGCCGCACACCCGUAGGGGCUGUUCCGGGAGGGGCCACUGAGGGUCACGCCCCCAGACCGUGGGGCAGCCUUCACCGUGCCCAACCCUGCGGCCCAGGGAAGGGGCCCAGCAGUGACGUCACAUAACCACGCCCAGUGUAGCCCUCCGCCAAGAGAGAAAGUAGUCCCCAACCCACAGCGGACUGUGUCACCCAUACUUGGCGACGUAUAAAAUACUAGACCCUCUCCGGACUGGACUGUGGUUCUGAGGUCUCAGGGCAACCUUCUGACACAGCGGGAAGCUGUCUUUCUCUGGAUCGGCGUAGGAAGUAGUCCCGGCUUACGGUGGGCCGACGGAUCCCUCCGCAGCGGGGGAAAGAGGAUGGCGACCUCGUCGAUGCCGGAGUCGGAGAGGAGCGCGGCUACGAAAGCGUCAGGUGAGCAUCGGGUAGAGUCAGGUCGCCCCAUUGCACCCUGCCGCGAAGUGAGGCCAGACUGCGGGGAUAGCCAGCGGCGAGCUCCCGGGCCGGCGGGGCUGUCCGAACAGGGCCCCGGGGUCCCAGGCCCUUUAGUCGCUCUCGCACUUGCCUGAGCGGAAACCCGGCGCCGCCACAAGAUGGCGUCGGGCCUGGAGCGCAGGCAGCGCCGGGGACAGCCCCGAGUCGCCAGGCCCCGGGAUCGUCGCUGUCAGCCCCCUCCGCAUGGGAACCAGGGGAGGGGGGAGCGAGCCACUGACCCAGGGGGGCCUGAGGGCUGUACCACCGACCCUGCACCCGGGGGGACUCGGGGGGCCUAAGGGCUGAACCACUGAGCCCCGAGCAGGCUCUUCGGGCGAACCACGCUGCGGGAGUCAUGGAGGAGAGACGAGAAGGGUCAAGAUUACCGGCCAUUGACCACCCUCCCGGGGAUGGGGAAGGGGUCUAGACUGGGCGGCCAGGCUUCUUGGUCCUCUUUUCCCGAGGCUUCUGUCUCUGUACACGAGAAAGCCUCUCCCCGUCGGAGACUCAGUCUUUGCACCUGCGAAAUGGGCACACGGGUGCAGCUGGGUGGGCCGUGGUUGCCCGGGCCGGGGAGGAGGCCCACCUGUUCCAGCCCGCGUCACCUCCUCUCGCAGAGUGAAGAAUCUAGACCCUGCGCCUCCCUGUCAGGCGGCUCCCCGAGCCGAUGGAGGAGAACGAGGUGGAGAGCAGUAGCGACGCGGCUCCGGGGCCUGGCCGGCCCGAGGAGCCCUCUGAGAGCGGCCUGGGCGUGGGCACCUCUGAAGCGGUGUCGGCCGACAGCAGCGACGCCGCGGCGGCUCCGGGGUCGGCGGAGGCCGACGACUCUGGCGUGGGGCAAAGCUCCGACCGCGGCAGCAGCUCUCUGGAGGAAGUAUCUGAGAGUAGCUCGAGCACAGACCCCUUGCCCCACGGCUACCUGCCUGAUUCAUCUUCUCUGUCCCAUGGGCCAGUGGCAGGGGUGACAGGUGGCCCCCCAGCCCUGGUGCACUCCAGCGCACUGCCAGACCCCAACAUGCUGGUGUCUGACUGCACGGCUUCUUCCUCGGACCUGGGCUCGGCCAUCGAUAAGAUCAUUGAGUCCACCAUCGGGCCGGACCUAAUCCCGAGCUGUAUCACCGUAACCAGUGCUGAGGAUGGCGGGGCCGAGACGGCACGGUACCUGAUCCUGCAGGGCCCAGACGAUGGUGCCCCCAUGGCCUCGCCGAUGUCCAGUUCCACAUUGGCCCACAGCUUGGCAGCCAUCGAGGCCCUGGCUGAUGGCCCCACAUCCACGUGCCUAGAGCCACCGGAGGAGGCACGGGGUAGGCCCAGCUCCCCCACGCAGCCGCCCCCGGGCUCUGGCGCCGAGGAGCCAGACCUGCAGAGCCUGGAGGCCAUGAUGGAGGUGGUGGUAGUCCAGCAGUUCAAGUGCAAGAUGUGCCAGUACCGGAGCAGCACCAAGGCCACGCUGUUGCGCCACAUGCGGGAGCGGCACUUCCGACCAGGUGCGCCAACAGCAGCCUGGCCAGCUGGGCUGUGCGGAUGGGGGUGGAGGGCCGAGAGCCAGACGUGGCAAGCUUCUCUGACCUCCGCAGCAGCAGCAGCAGCAGGGAAGAAGGAGCGUCUGCGGAAGUGGGGCACCUCAGCCAAGACCCAGGAGGAAGAGGGGCCAGAGGAGGAAGAUGACGAUGACAUCGUCGACGCUGGCGCCAUCGAUGACCUGGAGGAGGACAGUGACUACAAUCCGGCCGAGGAUGAGCCCCGGGGCCGGCAGCUACGUCCCCAGCGCCCUACUCCCAGUAUGCCAAGACCCCGAAGGAGACCUGGCCGGCCUCGGAAGUUGCCUCGCCUAGAGACCUCAGACCUCCCAGAUGGUGUGGAAGGAGAGCCUCUAGUGAGUUCCCAGAGCGGACAGAGCCCUCCAGAGCCCCCGGACCCCGAGGCACCCAGCUCUUCGGGCCCAGGAUGCCUGGUUGCCCUGGGCAAGGCCGACAGGGCCCCCGUGGACCCCAGCGUGACCCAGUCAGAUGCGGAGAACGCGGCUCCCUCCUGCCAGGAUGAGCCUGCUGCCCCGCCCCGCCGCCGGGGCAGACCCUCCAGGCGCUUCCUAGGCAAGAAAUACCGCAAACCUCUCCAAUGCCCUCCUGGCAGGUAUUAUUACAAGUCUCCCAAACCGCUCCUGAGGCCCUUCCUGUGCCGCAUUUGCGGCUCCCGCUUCCUGUCCCACGAGGACCUGCGCUUCCACGUCAACUCCCACGAGGCCGGGGACCCCCAGCUCUUCAGGUGCCUGCAGUGUAGCUACCGCUCCCGCCGCUGGUCCUCGCUCAAGGAGCACAUGUUCAAUCACGUGGGCAGUAAGCCCUACAAGUGUGACGAAUGCAGCUAUACCAGCGUCUACCGGAAGGACGUGGUCCGACACGCGGCCGUGCACAGUCGAGACCGGAAGAAGAGACCAGAUCCGGCCCCAAAGCUGAGCUCCUUCCCUUGCCCUGUGUGUGGCCGUGUCUACCCGAUGCAGAAGAGACUCACGCAGCACAUGAAGACACACAGCACGGAGAAGCCCCACAUGUGUGACAAGUGUGGAAAGUCCUUUAAGAAGCGCUACACCUUUAAGAUGCACCUGCUCACGCACAUCCAGGCUGUUGCCAACCGCAGGUUCAAGUGCGAGUUCUGUGAAUUUGUUUGUGAGGACAAGAAGGCACUACUGAACCACCAGCUGUCCCAUGUCAGUGACAAGCCAUUCAAGUGCAGCUUUUGCCCCUACCGCACCUUCCGGGAGGACUUCCUGCUCUCUCACGUGGCUGUCAAGCACACAGGGGCCAAGCCCUUUGCCUGUGAGUACUGCCACUUCAGCACACGGCACAAGAAGAACCUACGCCUGCACGUGCGAUGCCGACACGCAAGCAGCUUUGAGGAGUGGGGGCGGCGCCACCCUGAGGAGCCACCUUCCCGCCGUCGCCCCUUCUUCUCUCUGCAGCAGAUUGAGGAGCUGAAGCAGCAGCACAGUGCGGCCCCCGGACCACCGCCCCGCUCCCCGGGACCUCCUGAGAUUCCCCCCGAGGCAGCACCUUUCCAGGCACCCGAGACCCCCCCACUGCUCUGUUCUGACACGCUUGGUGGCGCCACCAUCAUCUACCAGCAAGGUGCUGAGGAGUCCACGGCAAUGGCCACGCAGACGGCCUUGGAUCUGCUGCUGAACAUGAGCGCCCAGCGGGAGCUGGGGGGCACAGCCCUGCAGGUGGCCGUGGUGAAGUCCGAGGACGUGGAAGCAGAGUUAGCAUCCCCUGGUGGGCAGCCCUCCCCAGCAGGUGCCACUCCGCAAGUGGUAACCCUCCACGUGGCCGAGCCGGGGGCCAGCGUGGCAGCAGAGAGCCAGCUAGGUGCCCCUGACCUGCAGCAGAUCACCCUGGCACCUGGUCCAUUUGGUGGGACUGGCUACAGCGUCAUCACUGCACCCCCUAUGGAGGAGGGGACAUCAGCUCCUGGCACGCCUUACAGCGAGGAGCCCCCAGGGGAGGCAGCCCAGGCUGUGGUUGUGAGCGACACCCUGAAAGAAGCUGGUACCCACUACAUCAUGGCAGCCGACGGGACCCAGCUGCACCACAUUGAGCUGACUGCAGAUGGCUCCAUCUCCUUCCCAAGCCCGGAUUCCCUGGCCUCUGGAGCCAAGUGGCCCCUACUACAGUGUGGGGGACUGCCCAGAGAUGGCCCUGAGCCCCCAUCUCCAGCCAGGACCCACCGGGUGGGAGACCCCCAGGGCUCUGCCUCCCCACCCCCCACGGCCAGCAAGGCCCUGAGCCUGGGAGUGCCGCCGUCGCCACCGUCCGCAGCCACAGCCUCCUCCAAGAAGUUUUCCUGCAAGAUCUGUGCUGAGGCCUUCCCUGGCCGAGCAGAGAUGGAGAGUCACAAACGGGCCCAUGCCGGGCCUAGUGCCUUCAAGUGCCCCGACUGCCCCUUCAGUGCCCGCCAGUGGCCCGAGGUCCGGGCCCACAUGGCGCAGCACUCGAGCCUGCGGCCCCACCAGUGCAGCCAGUGUAGCUUUGCCUCCAAGAACAAGAAGGACCUGCGGCGGCACAUGCUGACGCACACCAACGAGAAGCCCUUCGCGUGCCACCUCUGUGGGCAGCGUUUCAACCGGAACGGGCACCUCAAGUUCCACAUCCAGCGGCUACACAGUCCUGAUGGGAGAAAGACGGGGACCCCGACUGCCCGGACCCCAGCCCGGACCCCCACCCAGACCAUCAUCCUGAAUAGUGACGAGGAGACGCUGGCCACGCUGCACACUGCACUACAGUCCAGCCACGGGGUCCUGGGCCCAGAGCGGCUACAGCAGGCACUGGGCCAGGAACACAUUAUCGUGGCCCAAGAGCAGACCGUGACCAAUCAGGAAGAAGCCACCUACAUCCAAGAGAUCACCACCGCGGACGGCCAGACAGUGCAGCAUCUGGUGACCUCCGACAACCAGGUACAGUACAUCAUCUCCCAGGAUGGAGUCCAACAGCUGCUCCCCCAGGAAUAUGUGGUGGUUCCAGAGGGCCAUCACAUCCAGGUACAGGAGGGCCAGAUCACACACAUCCAGUACGAACAAGGGGCCCCUUUCCUUCAGGAGUCCCAGAUCCAGUAUGUGCCUGUGUCUCCAGGCCAGCAGCUGGUCACACAGGCCCAACUGGAGGCCGCUGCACACUCAGCUGUCACAGCGGUGGCCGAUGCUGCCAUGGCCCAAGCCCAGGGCCUGUUUGGCGCAGAAGAGGCGGUGCCUGAACACAUCCAACAGCUGCAGCACCAGGGCAUCGAGUACGACGUCAUCACCCUGACCGAUGACUGAGCCCUGAGGGCCCAGCGCACACCGUGGAUACUGGGGCCAGCCGUGCUUGGGGGUGGGGGUGGGGGGGACCCGCUGGGACUCACCUCCCUGUUCCACCUAGGGUCUCCAGGCACUGAGCAGCCGGUAUCCUGUCACUCUUAAGAGAGCCAGACCUGUGCUGCUGGGUCUAGGGGACAACCAUGGGCCCCAGCCAGGACAUGCUGGGUGCCCUAGCCUGCAGGCAGGCUUUGGGGAGAGAAAUUUAUUUUUGUUUGGAUGGACCCACUGGCCCCUCAGUCUCAAUAAAGGGACCAGAGUCCA